CUGUUCGAUCAGUCAUUAUUCAGAUACGGUUGGUGGUUAUAGAUUCGUUUGAUUGGAUUGUUCUAACGCGUUGGAAAAGAUGAACUGGUUACGGUUUGAUGUGUCGUUGUGGAUAGUUGUGAUUAUAUGUGCACUCAAUGUGAUCGACAGCCAGGCCCACGAAGACCACGAUGCAAAUUUCUGGAAUCAGCAGGCGCAUGAUCUAUUGUUUGAGAAGAAGGAUUACACGAUGCAGAAAAUUAACAUUGCCAAAAACAUAAUCGUGUUUGUCGGAUCCGGGAUGUCGCAAGCAACCAUAACCGCCGCCAGAACCCACAACGGAGCGGAAAACGCUACGUUCGCGUUCGAACAACUGAAAUGGAGUGGUAAUGCCCGGACUUAUUGCGUCGAUAGUCGGGUGCCGGAUAGUGCUUGUGCUAGCACAGCUUUUUUGACCGGUGUGAAGGGUAAUCUGGGAACGGUUGCAGUCGAUCCCAUGGUGAAUCGAGGGGAAUGUGUGGCUACAAAUGAUAAAGUGAAACAUUUGGAAUCUAUUGCUAAAUGGGCGCUCAAUGCUGGACGAGUUGUUGGUUUUGCCACAACUUCUCGAGUGACCGCCGGCUCCAACGCAGCUCUCUACGCGCAUUCCGCGGAUAAAGAUUGGGAAAAUGAUGCCGCUGUGACUGCUGCUGGAUGCAACCCGACCGAGGUGAACGAUAUUGCUUAUCAGCUGAUAAAUGGCGAUGUUGGAAAGCACUUCAAGGUGAUCUUAGGAGGAGGACGCAAGAAUUUUAUUCCAAACACAGAAAUCGAUGAAAGCGGAGCGCCUGGUCUGCGUACCGACGGUAACAACCUUAUUGAACAGUGGAAAGAGUCAAAAACCGGAAAUGCAGUCUACAUCACCAACAAUACCGAACUGGGGGCGCUCGACACGUCCAACAUCGACCACCUCCUGGGCCUAUUCAGCUACGAUAGGCUGGCCUAUGCCGCUGACUUGAGCGAAGCGGAGAACAAUGAGAUCCCCCCGUUGGUGCGAAUGGUCCACUACUCGCUGGAGAUGCUGCAGAAAACGGAGCACAGUGGAGGUUUUCUGCUGUUUGUGGAGGACGGUAACAUCCAGGAAGCUCACAAGGAGAACAAACCGAACAAAGCAUUCGAGCAGGUGAAGCACUACGCCAAUGCUUUUAACAUGGCUCACAUGAUGGUGUCGGAGACGAAUACGUUGAUCAUUUCGAUGAAUGACGUUGGUAGUACGCUCUCGAUUCCUGGAUAUGCGGCACGUGACACGGACGCACUGACCGGAGCCGGCACGAGUGACAAGGAUUCCAAACCAUACCUCAGCAUCGCCUAUGCUACGGGCCCUUCGUACGAUUCGUUCUACCAACCGAGCGAGGGUCGUGUUAAUCCGCUCGCCGUGCUGCAGGGCACCGCAACGCAGAAGGAACAGACAUGCAGCGCUGCCGUACCAAUGAGCGAGGGCGUCAACGGUGGGGAGGACGCUUCCGUCUACGCUACUGGGCCGUGGGCGUUCAUGUUGUCGGGUGGAUACGAGCAGAACUUCAUUGCCCAUGCCAUCACGUUCGCUUCCUGCAUUACGGACGUUUGCGGAGGAGCGUCGAGCGUUGUGGCUUCUACUGCCGUUUUACUGCUGGCUUUGAUGGUGCGUGUAUUUGUUGAUUAAUGUAUUGCUUACUACAACAACAGGAGACCACUGCAUGCUAAUCCACUUGAAGAAGCAAAACCCUAAUCCACUCUAGUGAAUUAAAAUGAUUGUUAUUUAGUUUAUCUUUCUGACCUAACAAAUUCCACUUUCUAUUCCACUUGAUAUUAAGUUUUAGAAAUCGUUCGAAUUAAAUCUAUUGUACUUAAAUCAGAAAAUAUAUUAUUUGAAAUUAUAAUGAAACUUUGAAGCAUUCUGUAGAUGACUGAACAAAAAUAUGAGUAAUGCUAAUGUUCAUAUCGAGUUAUCACAUGCUUGAAAAGACGGCAAGCGAAAUAAAAAAUGUUCAUAAUAAUAUGAAAGCAAUAUAACGCAGAAACCGCAUUUAUCUUUGAAAACAAAAAAUUAAACCGCAGAAAAGGAGGUAUUGUCUGGAAUCUUAGUCAAGUCUCCAAAAAUGAAAAUGCACAAAAAAACAACCGCACCCAAAUCUUUUCGGAGAAGAUGAAGGUAGAAAGCGGAAUAUUGCCAAAAACCUGUUCCCUGCGGUUCGAAAACUGGUAGUCCCACUCCCCAGUUAGUCGUUUGUAAUCCCUUUUUAUCUGCAUUCGUCGACAAGCGAGACAGGCCACCCGAGGCAAGCGGACGGAGAACCAGACACGUAUAUUGGCUG